CGGGCGGGCGGGGAGGCGGCCCCGCGCCGCGCGUUUAAAUGUCCCGCUCGGCGCGGGCCGCGCUGUGCGCAGGGACGGGAGCGGCCGCGCCGUGAGGCAGGAGGCGCCCAGCGGAGCCCGCCCGCGCUCCCGCCCUGCGCCCCGCCGCUGCCGGGCGAGCACCCACCCGCCCACCCACCGCUCUCGGCCGGCAGGGCUCGGGGUGACCGGCGCGGCGGUGAGUGAGCGAGUGCGGGGGCCAGGGGCGGCGGGUGCCCCUGCCGCCUCCCGGGGUGCCCGGCUGCGGGGCGGGGGUAGCCGGCGGGGCUGGCCCGGGGCUGCGGCCGCCCUUUCUGCGCUGUGCAUCCGCGCCUCGGAGGCCCUUUGUGCGGACUGGGGCCCGGGCCUGCUCGGGCGCUCCCCGCACGGGCUCCGCUCGCCCCGACCCGGCCCAGGCGGGCACCAUGCGCCGGGAGAGCUUCUCCUCUCUUGGCAGCGACUGCGCGGAGGAGAAGGCUCCCGCCAAGGGGGACAGGGGUGCGGAGCACGCCAUGCGGGCCCGCAAGAGGAAAGCUGAUGUGGCCACGUUCUUACAGGACCCCGAUGAAGAAAUUGCUCAGAUGGAGAUGACUAGAAAAAAGCAGUAUGAAAAUCAGCCAUCGUGGAAAAAUGUUCACCAAAAUGCGCAUAUGCUGAUUCCUACUCCAGAUAAAGAUGAUGAUCCAGUUGGCAUUGAUUACUCUCCCUUUAUAGAGCUAAGUGUUGUUCCAACUAGAGCUUCACCAUUACCAGUGCUAGGCUGGGCGAACAGAGAAGACGUAUGGAAAAACAUGAUAAACAAAGAAGAGACCUAUGUGAGGGAUAAACUUUAUAUGCAAAGGCACCCUCUCCUGCAACCUAAAAUGAGAACAAUCCUUCUGGACUGGCUGAUGGAGGUUUGUGAAGUCUACAAGCUUCAUAGAGAAACUUUUUAUUUAGCACAAGAUUUCUUUGAUCGGUUUAUGGCAACACAACAGAAUGUUGUAAAAACACUAUUGCAGCUUAUUGGUAUCUCUUCUUUAUUCAUAGCAGCAAAGCUUGAGGAAAUUUAUCCACCGAAGUUGCACCAGUUUGCCUAUGUUACAGAUGGAGCUUGUACAGAAGAUGAAAUCCUCAGUAUGGAAUUGAUCAUUAUGAAGGCUCUUAAUUGGAACUUAAAUCCACUGACAGUUGUAUCCUGGCUAAACAUUUACAUGCAAGUUGCUUAUUUAAAUGAGCUUUAUGAGGUAUUGCUGCCACAAUAUCCGCAACAAAUAUUUGUACAAAUAGCAGAGCUCUUGGAUCUCUGUGUGCUGGAUAUUGGCUGCUUGGAAUACACAUAUGGAGUACUUGCAGCUUCUGCUUUAUAUCAUUUCUCCUCAUCGGAGCUGAUACAUAAAGUUUCAGGUUAUGAAUGGUGUGAGAUAGAGGAAUGUGUAAAAUGGAUGGUUCCAUUUGCAAUGGCUAUAAGGGAAGCGGGAAGCUCCAAACUCAAACACUUUAGAGGUGUAGCUCCUGAAGACUUGCACAAUAUACAGACGCACAUAAACAGCUUGGAUUUGCUGGACAAAGCUCAAGCAAAACAAGCCAUAUUGGCUGAACAAAAUAGGACUUCACCUUUCCCCACUGGUGUCCUUACACCACCGCAGAGUAGUAAGAAACAGUCUUCUGGACUGAAGCCAAUAUGACUAUAGAAACGGUUGACAGACAGUUUUGCUGAAGUGCCUGUUCUGCUGGUUCUUACUCCUGCUCCAUUAUGGAAAUGCUGCCAGUGAAGUUCAUAAGCUUUUAUGGAAUCUGAAAAGGAAACCUUACUUUUUUUUGAUGACAGAAGAAUUUUUCUAUUUGAAAUAUUUUUAUUGAACAUUAAAAUAUUUUAAAGAUACUGAUCAAGUACACCAGCCACUUAAAUGAACACCGAAGAGUGCUCCAAAUGCUGCUAUGGAGGGUGAUGCUUGAUGUGACCAGCUGUUCAGAAAAAGGGCUUGGUUAGUCACUGUGCCUGUUUGUCCUUGGGAUAAUCUGCAGUCAUACUGUCCUCUGUUGACAAAUGGGCAAAAAGCCUCUUUUUCAAAUGGUUGGUUUACAACUUGAUGCCUUUUUAAAAAACUCUUUAUUGUAAAUGCUGCUAUGUCUCUUAUGUAUCCAGUUUUAAUAAAAAUGCUGUCUAAGACAGCUGGUUUUAUGUAUAUUCCUAUUUUUCUUAUGGUCAAGAUUUUCAGACUGUGACCACUAGUAGCUGUGGGAGUUGGGGAUUAAUUAUGUAGUAAUUGUUGCAUUAUUUAUUUACUACUACUGACUUAUCAGUUAAAACUUCCUUUUUGAAUACUAAGAUAAAAUUGUCAUGUUGGGCUACUUGGAUUUCCCUUAGCCAGGUACAGUUGGCUAGGGAGGGGAUAAUAAACAUGACAAGUAUUAUGGGGAAUCCUUCUGCAACACACUUUGUAAUGAUAAAUGUAUUAGGAAAUUUUGUCUCAAAAUUCCCUGUCUCAAAGCAUGUUGUCUGGAUUGUUAUGCUUAAUAGCCAGAAGUGAUCAGUAGGAAAGGCUUUUCUUACAACAUAAUCAUUUAAACUUUGGGAUUUUGGCAUAGUCUGACAAUUAACUCUCUUCUGUGCAGAAUUCUGGAAUGGUGUGUGCCUUUUUACAGGAAGAAUUGUCCUUGAUCUUUGCAGGGUCUGAGAAUCUGAGAAGUCAUAGUAAGACCUUUUCUGAAAAGUCAUGGUUCUGGAGAAAAAGGAAAUAGAGAAAUAAAUAUGAGAAAUGGU